CAAUCCGACCGUUAAACCUCCAUUCCCUUCAUCACCUCUCAUCGUUUAUACUCCUCUCUCUCUCUUCCAUUGAUCUCCACUCUCUCUUCAUUAAGAAAAAAAGAAAACCUUAAUUUCCCAAUAUCUCUCUCCUCUCUAGAAAAAACAUAACUAAAGAGACUUUUUUGCGGUUAGAAAAAUGGCAGCGGAGAGUGAGGAUUCUUCAACUGCAACGACAAUGACGAAUACGACGACGUUGAUGAUGUUUGUAGAUGAGGCGUACGAGUUUUCGGCUCCGAAGUUUUAUGAUUUUGUGAAAGGAGAAUCGGAUGAAGAUUCUAGAAACGCUGAGCUUUGGUUCGAUGUUACGGCGUCCUACGCUCCUUCUCCUUUUAUGCCUAGAAUUAAGACUGGUAGAUCAUUUAAGGUAGAGACCUUAUGUGAUUUUAGCCAAGCAGACCAGUUUCACAAGGUGGCAGAAUCAUCUGAUUCAAAAGCUUCAGACAGUAACUCUCAAUCAGAGGUCAUGCCACCACCGGCAGAAGCAGCAGCACCUAUUGGAAAGGGGAAAGAAGAAAAAACUUCUGACGAGGAUAACAAAGAAAACAAUGCUAACCUUGUCAAUGUAAUUUCUGCUGGUGAGGUUACUUGUGAAAAAGAGAAGAAGGUGGGGUUUGCAUGUGCUGAAGGAAAUGAAAGAAGCACUUCUUCUCUGCAAACUGAGAACACUGAUGGUAAAGAGAGCAGUAAAAAUGAAGCUUACUGCACCCCUAAGCCACCAAUGUCUUCUCGGAACAGAGGCCCGUUGACUGAUUCCAAGAAGAAUCAGUCAGCUAGACACAUAGCUAGCUUGGUAAAGAAUCCAUCUUUGCUGAAGCCAAAGAAUCAAUCAGAGUCUUCACAAGUUAAGGGAAUCAAACCAGCAAGUGUCAAAAAACCACCUAAUGUGAAAAAUGCUGCUGGGACUACCAAUUUAGCCCAAGAGAACCAGGCGAUUAAGAAACAGAAGCUGGAGGGAGGGAGAUCCAGACAGAUUCUUAAUGCCAAGCCCCCACAACCAUUGACACACAAGUCCAAACUGGGACUUAGCAGUGGCAGUUCUAACUUGUGUUCAUCUGUUGCUAAUAAAAUGAAGAAAGAGGAGAGAAAGGUUUAUGUUCGGGAACAAGCAGCUCCAGGUCCAUUUGUUUCAACGGCAGAAAUGAUGAAAAAGUUUCAAUCAAAUACUAGAGGAUUGUCAUUGCCACACCUUAACAAUUCUAUCUCACAUGAUGGUCCUGCAUCUGUUAUCCAGAGGAAGCCUAAGCUCACACUGACAAGGCCUAAGGAGCCUGAAUUUGAAACAGCUCAGCGCGUUCGCUCAGUCAAAAUAAAAAGUUCUGCUGAGAUUGAAGAAGAGAUGAUGGCCAAAAUUCCCAAGUUCAAAGCUAGACCACUGAACAAGAAGAUUCUGGAAGCUGCAACAUUACCUGCAUUACCAAGAAGCAUUCCACAGCCACCUGAGUUCCUGGAGUUUCACUUAGAGACAGCAGCAAGGGCAAAUCAGAAUGCAGAAUCAACUUCAGUGGCUUCAACAGAAGUGUCUCAUCAGAGUAAUCUAUGGAAACCUCAUCAUCUUACAGAGCCCAAAACCCCUGUUCUUCAUACAUCUUUAAGGGCCCGUCCAGCAAGGGUGAAAAGUUCUUUAGAACUGGAGAAAGAGGAGAUAGAAAAGAUCCCUAAAUUUAAAGCAAGACCUCUGAAUAAGAAGAUAUUUGAAAGUAAAGGAGCGAUGGGGGUUUUCUGCCAUGCAAAGAAGCAAGUCACCGUACCUCAAGAAUUUCACUUUGCCACAAACGAGAGGAUUCCACCACAAGCUGCUGUUGCUGAUAUGUUUGACAAGCUCUCACUGAGGUCAGAACCUAUCCUUGACUACCCGAUUCCAAGAAACACAAAGCCAAAUCCAUUCCAUCUCCACACAGAGGAAAGAGGGGCCGAAAAAGAGAGGAAAUUCUUGAUUGAACUCGUGCAGAAACAGAUGGAAGAGGAAAGAGCUAGAGUUCCUAGAGCCAAUCCUUAUCCUUAUACCACUGACUAUCCUGUGGUUCCACCAAGACCAGAGCCCAAACCAUGCACAAAACCAGAACCUUUCCAAUUGGAGAGUUUAGUAAGGCAUGAGGAGGAAAUGCAAAGGGAAAUGGAAGAAAGAGAAAGGAAGGAAAAAGAAGAGGCCCAGAUGAGGAUAUUCAGAGCACAGCCAGUCCUUAAAGAGGACCCAAUUCCAGUACCAGAGAAAGCGCGAAAACCACUCACACAGGUUCAACAAUUCAAUCUCCAUGCAGAUCAGAGGGCUGUUGAAAGGGCAGAAUUUGACCACAAGGUGAAGGAGAAAGAAAUGGUGUACAAGAGAUACAGAGAGGAGAGUGAAACUGCAAAGAUGAUGGAGGAGGAAAAGGCGUUGAAACAGCUGCGGAGAACGAUGGUUCCCCAUGCCCGGCCAGUACCGAAUUUUAACCAUCCAUUCUGCCCCCAGAAGUCAUCCAAGGAAGCUACAAAGGCAAAGUCACCUAAUUUAAGAGUGCUCCAGAGAAGAGAGAGAAGGAAGAUGAUGAUGGUGAACGCUGCUUCGUCUGCCGCCGCUUCUGGCAUGAGAUGAUUUUCUUUCCUGUGUUAAAGCAGCUGGCUGUUCAAGAACCCUUGAACCACAUUAAUUCAUUCUUUUCAGCAUCCUUGCGCUGCUAAUCAUUCGUUGUAACAUCAAUUCAGGAAUGUAACCAAAACAAACAACUCAUAACCCUUCUUACCAAGAUGAGAGAACUUGGAUUGGGUGUGAGUAAGAUGUUUUAAGGAUUCCUCAAAAUUAAUAUAACAGUUGUAUUCGGAUUCCUGGAUGCCCAAA